UUGCCAUGGUGGUUUUGCUGCACAGAUCAUCCCAUCACCUAGAUAUGAAGCCCAGCAUCCAUUAGCUAUUCUUUCUGAUAGCUGCAGUUUUGAUUAUGUGCAGCUCUCAAUUGGCUUUUCCCCAUUUAAGAUGUUAGACCAGUGGUUCUCAACCUUGACUAAUUAGAAUCAUGUGAGGAGCUUUUAGACCUCCCAUUGCUCAGGCCAUCCCUCCAAUCAAUUAAAUUACCGUCUCUGGGAAUUUAACAUUCGUGUUUUGUUUUCUCUUUUUUAACUCCCUAAGUGAUUUUUAUAUGGAGUCAAGAUUGAAAAUAGUAUUAGACAUGCACUUUCCCAAUUUAUACUUUGAAAACAAAGACCUUAGUUCAGAGACUUAUGAGACAGGGGUAUGAUUAGGGGAAGAGUAGGCCCCACAAGUUUUAGGUUAGUGAAGAUUCUGAAAGGUACAAGCUGUAAAGGAGCCUGAGUUUCUGGGUGAACUCAGAAACAACGAAUCCUAGAAGGGCUGAGAGCAGAACAGCCAAGAACAGAACAGAACUGUGGAGUAGUCUCUGGAAUAAAAGAGUGAAGAGUAUAAGAAACAGAAUGGAGGCAGGUCCCAGGAGGAUUCAAUCAGGAAUUCUGACCUUGGGGCCAUGAAUAGGUUUCAUAUCUUCACAGAAAGGGUUUACGCAACUUUUAUAUAUCAUUUUCUGAGAUAUCUGAAUCCUAUAAAAAGAUAAAGAACAUCAAUAUGUGAAAAAGUCAAGGGCUAAGGUAAUGGUAAUCAGACUACAGUUCUAGAAAUGCCCCUCUGGAUCUUUAGUACAUGACUGGCAGCUCUUCUAAACCUCUGUAUUACCUCUAUUAGAAUAUUAUUUCUGAUGUAAUUUGUAGAGAAGCAAAGCAGGAACUGAGGAGAACACUAUAUACAGUAUACUUUAUAAGCAUUAAAUAAAUAUGUAAAAACUCUGAAAUAUAAUCUGAGUUUAUAGUCAUAAUGAAGAUUAUUGGCCCAAUAAUCUAGGGUAGAGUUGUCCAAUCUUUUGGCUUCCAUGGGCCACACUGGAAGAAUUAUCUUGGGCCACACAUAAAAUACACUAACGCUAACAAUAACUGAUGAGUUUAAAAAAUCACAUAAAAAUCUCAUAAUGUUUUAAGAAUGUUUGUGAAUUUGUGUUGAGUCACAUUCAAAGCCACCCUGGGCCACAUGUGGCCUGUGGGCUACAGGUUGGACAAGCUUGAUCUAGGGCAAGUGCUCAACAGUGGCUGCACAGUUAAAUCAUAAGUAAAGCUUUCAAAAAGUAAGGAUGCCUGAUUCCACUCCUAGAGAUUCUGACUUAAUUGGUCUGAUAUGGAGCUGUAACAUCAAUAUUUUUAAAUUUUUCGAUAUGAUUCUAAUGUGUAACCAGCAUUGAGAAACACUAAUCCAGAGGAAACCAGGACUCCUGCUUAUCUUGCACAACUUGGGUGCCCUCAAAAUAUAUGGUAUUGGCAAAGUUAAUCUGAGCCUAAGUUCCAGCACCUGUAAAAGAUGGUAAGAAUUUCCUGAAAGAGGUUGUUGUGAAUAUGUCCUCUCCUGGGUUUAGUCCUUAGCUUUGCAAGAAGUCUAAUAUCUUCAAGUUGAUCAGCCUCAAAUCAGGGACUCAGUAACCACAAACUUGAAAGUGGCUGAUAAAAAACUAACUGGAAAGAUACUACUUUAAUAUGUUUCUCACAAAGCCUGUGAUAAUCAUUUGCCAUAUUUGUGAUCAUAGAAAUUUCUUGUCCCUGCCCCAGAAGCAUUGAAUCAUGUUCUCCAGGGGAGAGCCUGUGAAUCUAUAUUUUUAACUGACACCCUAGGUGAUUUCCCAGAAGUCUGGGAAACAUUGUACUUUAAGUUAUUGUAUUGUCAUUCUGUUAUUGAUUUAUGGUAAGAGGAGAUACAUAUUUCCAUUUCCUAGUUUUUCUUGAUGUCUGUCAUCCAGGGUAUCCUUUUGUUAGUAUCAAAGAAUAUGAAAAACCAAUUAUAAUCAGAAAGUGACUUAGUACACAUGAAAUUAGAGCAUAGAAAAGGAUAGUUUUGAGGGAUCAUUUCAUUCAGAUUUUGACAUAACCUGCUGAGUUUUCCUAGGCCCGCAAUAGUCAGUAGUGUGCAACCUCACGUUCUUCAAAGUCAGCAUCUUUCUUUCCACUUGCAAGCAGUCUUCUGUUUCUAUGAAUAGUCUUUGCUCAGACAAGGCCAAUAUACUUGAUAAUAAUUAAUUUAGCUUCUUUUAAAUGAUUAGGUGACCUUUUGGUUUAAAAGAAGAUUACCAUUGUUGUCCCUAAAGUCUUUGCAGGUACCAAUUUAUUUACUCCUCCCUAGGGUCAGAAUGAUUUUAUAUUUGGCUUAUGAAAUGUAUUAAUUUGCUUUUUCUGAUCAAAGAUAAAGUGGAAGAUGAUGAGAUUUUUAAAAAAUUAAUGUAUCCCUUGCUUCUAAUUCUACCUAUGAAGCAGAAUAGUGUGCUAGUUACUAUAUAGUUGCUAGUGUAUAGUUUUUGACUCUUUUGAAGUGGUAACUAGUAGUUUUGUUUUAGAAUUUUGCUUUCAGCUUUUAUCCUGAGAGUGGGGCUCACUGAACCUCUCUCCUUUCUAAAAUCUGUGGAAAUUACUUUUGGUAACUAAGGCACUGCAGUGAUCUCAGGUAAGAGAGUAAAAAAUUUGCCUUUAUUUGUUUUUAAUGUUUUGGGACGUUUCAGGUUUUGGUUGGGUGGAAACAGAGUUGGGGCAAACAAAAAGAGGUUGGUUAAGAGAUUCAGAGGCAAAGGUUGGUUGGCCAUGCUAAAUUUCAGGUGUCUGUUGCACCUCCAUGUAGCAACAGUCAGUAGACAGAUAGCAGAUUCUUAGGGAAGAAGUUAAGCUAGAGAAGCAGUGUGGUAUAGUGAAAAGAAUUUUGGGCAUUCAAUUAAGAGGCGUGGGCUCUGAGAGGCUAACACUACUACUAACUUGCUCUGUGACUUUGACAAAGUCAUUUGACCUCUCUGGGCCCCAUCUUUAUUGGAAAAUGUCAAGUAGAUGGUCUCUAAUAAAUUCUUGUCCAGUUCUAACAUUAUGUGAUUUUAAAUGUAUACUGACCUUCUUAACUUGAACUCUUUGUUUUUUCAGCAUUUAGUAUGAGAACCUAUGUUUGCCAUAUUUGUAGUAUUGCUUUUACAUCUUUAGAUAUGUUCCGGUCCCAUAUGCAAGGAAGUGAACAUCAAAUUAAAGAAUCCAUUGUUAUCAAUCUAGUGAAGAAUUCAAGGAAGACACAAGACUCUUACCAAAAUGAGUGUGCAGAUUACAUCAAUAUGCAGAAAGCCAGAGGACUAGAGCCCAAGACUUGUUUCAGAAAGAUGGAAGAGAGUUCUUUGGGAACCCACAGAUACAGAGAAGUGGUCGAUUCCAGACCCAGACAUAGAAUAUUUGAACAAAGACUCCCAUUUGAGACUUUCCGAACAUACCCAGCACCAUACAAUAUUUCACAAGCAGUGGAAAAGCAGUUACCUCAUUCAAAGAAGACAUAUGACUCUUUCCAAGAUGAACUUGAAGAUUACAUCAAAGUACAGAAAGCCAGAGGACUAGAUCCAAAGACUUGUUUCAGAAAGGUGAGAGAGAACUCUGUGGAUACUCGUGGGUACAGAGAAAUGGUUGAUUCUGGACCCAGAUCCAGAAUGUGCGAGCAAAGAUUUUCACAUGAGGCUUCCCAGACCUACCAACGACCAUACCAUAUUUCACCAGUGGAAAGCCAAUUACCUCAGUGGUUACCAACCCAUUCAAAAAGGACAUAUGAUUCUUUCCAAGAUGAACUUGAAGAUUACAUAAAAGUGCAGAAAGCCAGAGGACUAGAGCCAAAAACUUGUUUCAGAAAGAUAGGAGAUAGCUCUGUAGAAAUACAUAAGAACAGAGAAAUGGUUGAUGUCAGACCCAGACACAGAAUGUUGGAGCAAAAGCUCCCAUGUGAGACUUUCCAGACCUAUUCAGGACCAUACAGUAUUUCACAAGUAGUGGAAAACCAGUUACCUCAUUGCUUACCAGCUCAUGACAGCAAACAGAGACUAGAUUCUGUUAGCUACUGGCAACUCACCAGAGACUGUUUCCCAGAAAAACCAGUACCCUUGAGCCUUAAUCAGCAAGAAAAUAACUCUGGCUCAUACAGUGUAGAAUCUGAAGUUUACAGGCACCUCUCCUCAGAAAACAAUACUACUGACCAUCAAGCAGGUCAUAAACGGAAACAUCAGAAGAGAAAACGACACCUGGAAGAAGGCAAAGAAAGGCCAGAGAAAGAGCUGUCCAAACAUAAAAGGAAAAAGAGUUAUGAAGAUACAGAGUUAGACAAAGACAAGAGCAUCAGACAAAGGAAAAGAGAGGGGGAUAGAGUCAGGGUCAGUUCAGGAAAGCUUAAGCAUCGAAAAAAGAAAAAAAGCCAUGAUGUACCCUCUGAGAAAGAAGAACGUAAGCACAGGAAAGAGAAAAAGAAAUCUGUUGAAGAAAGGACAGAAGAGGAAAUGCUUUGGGAUGAGUCUAUUCUUGGAUUUUGAAUAUUUAGUUUUGUUUACCAAGGUUGAAUUGAAAAAAAAAAAAUAUAUAUGGAUUUAGAAAAAGACAGGAACAUCCGAUGAAGGAAAGGAGAGGUAGAUACAGUCAGUGUCACUUCAGGACACUUAGUUUUUGUAUAAAAUUUUAAAUUGAAUUAAAAGGAGGAAAAGAAAGCCUAAACUUAACCUCUGAGAAAGAACAUAAGAACUCAAGGAGAACAUAAGAGAAAAGGUAACCUGUUAAAGAAAAGACAAGAAUCUGUGUUUUGGAAUGAGUCUGCUCUUGGGUAUUGAACUUUUAGUUUUGUUUGCCCAAGGAUUAAUUGAGGAAAUCAGCUAAGAAACUGGACUUAGACAAAAGCAAGAAGAUCAGAUGAAGAAAAGGAGAGGUGGACACGUCAGUGUCACUUCAGGAAAGCUAUUUAAGAAAACUUGAAAUUUAAUUGAAGAAACAACAACAACAACAAAAAGCCUAAACCUAGCCUCUGAACAACACUAACAUGAGAACACAAGAACUUAAGAGAAAAAGAAACCUACUCAAGACAGAAGAGACAGUGAUUUGGGAUGAAUCUACUGUAGGAUUUUCAACUUUUUAGUUUUGUUCCUUCAAAGUUGAAGAAAAAAAAAGUUUGGUUUUAUAAAAUUCAUGUUAUUGGAAUUUUUCUAGGUGGAUGGCUACUUUAAAUCUCUAAAAAAGCCAAGUGAAGUAAAAGUAUUCAAUAUGCCUUUUCCUCAAGUUACUUUCCUUCAUUUUCUUAAAAAAGAAAAAGCAUUAUUAAAUGUUUCUCACAUAUCUCACAUAUAAUGUAAUUUCCCUAAAUGAAGUUGUCUCUACUUCUGCUCAUCAAAUUGCUGUGAUAGUGAAUUAUUUACUCAUGAGAGAUAAUUUAUUUUAAAGGACAGAAUUACCAAGCAUUACAAAAUCAAUUCUUUGCUUGGUUUUGUGUUAGUGUUGGUGGUAUUUUAUUGUUGUUUUUCUGUGUUUAUGUGUCUCAGCUUUCUCCAAGGAAUAUGUAUGAAAUAACUUAAACUGAUUUUUUCUUUGUUAAAUCUAAUUUGCAGUGUAUUUUUGCAUUUUCUAGUUCUGAAAGUGGAAAAAUGAAACAGUCUAUAAUAAACUUAGAUGAUAUAUAGUUUUAAAAAGCUCUCAAAAAGUACUGAUAUAAAAAGUCAGUCUAUAUUCUGGAAAUGUUUAUAUUAAAGUUUUAAUUUCUA